AUGCAGACAUCAAUUGCAUUCUCUCCACGUUUAAACGGAAUAAUCAACAGAAACCGCAAUUCUAAAUCCAUUUUGUUGAAUCAUCAAACAAAUAAAUCAUCCUCUCAACUUACAUUAAGAUCUAGUCUUCAACCUAAAUCACUGUUAUUAUUUCCUUUCACAUCAAGAUCUGACAGAAUAUAUAUCUCUAAAGUGGGUCCACUUCGUUGCGGCAUUUCAUCAAACGGUUUCAGUGGAGAUGGACGAAGGAGUGUUAGGGAGUGGAUUGAGGUUGGUAGUGAGGCAAUAUCCACGGCUUUUCCAUUGUGGGUAACGGUUGGGUGUGUGCUGGGUUUGGUGAGGCCGAGUUCAUUCAAUUGGGUCACUCCUAAACUGUGUACAGUGGGACUUAGUGUAAUUAUGCUUGGUAUGGGUAUGACUUUAACUCUUGAUGAUCUUCGUUCUGCUUUUUGUAUGCCUAAAGAAGUUCUAUCUGGUUUUUUCCUUCAAUAUUCGGUGAUGCCAAUAUCAGCAUUUCUUGUAAGCAAACUCUUAAAUCUUCCAUCACACUAUGCAGCUGGUUUAAUAUUAGUUGGAUGCUGUCCAGGGGGCACAGCUAGUAAUAUCGUAACAUAUCUUGCACGUGGAAAUGUGGCACUUUCUGUGAUAAUGACCGCUGCAAGCACUCUAUCUGCUGUGAUCAUGACUCCUUUUCUGACAGCCAAACUUGCUGGUAAAUAUGUUGCUGUGGAUGCAGCCGGUUUAUUGAUCUCUACAUUGCAGGUUGUGCUUCUUCCUGUAUUGGCCGGUGCAUUUCUGAUUCAAUAUUUCCAACCUUUUGUAAAAUUUAUCUCUCCAUUGAUGCCACCAAUGGCUGUGGCAACGACAGCAAUGUUAUCUGGAAACGCCAUUGCCCAAAGUUCAUCUUCAAUUCUUAUGUCUAGUGGACAGGUGAUUUUAGCAUCUUGCCUUCUUCAUGCUUCUGGGUUCUUCUUCGGUUACAUACUAGCAAGGAUGCUUGGGCUUGAUUUGUCAUCUUCGCGAACAAUAUCCAUCGAGGUUGGCAUGCAGAACGCAGCUCUUGGUGUCGUUCUAGCUACUAAGCACUUUGGAGAUCCUCUAACGACAGUACCUUGUGCUGUUUCAAGUGUGUGUCACUCAAUCUUUGGUAGCAUCUUGGCAGGAAUUUGGAGGUUUUCUGUGCCUUCUGAGAUAAAGGACUGA